UCCGAUUGUGAGGAACGGCGCGACCGAGCCAAUGAGAAGAGGCUGUGAGAGAGUGUAGGCGGGAUGUCCGCUGGCUGGGCGCUGCUGUAGGGUUCUCGGUUGUGUAGAGUCUCCGCUUGUUCCGCUGCUCCCCGGCCCAGAAACCCGCGCCAUGCUCGGUACUGACAAGCUGCCCAUUGAGGAGACGCUGGAGGACAGUCCUCAGACCAGGUCCCUGCUGGGGGUGUUUGAGGAAGAUGCCGCUGCCAUUUCCAGUUACAGUAACAAACUGUUUCACGCCAUGCGCAGGAUUUAUGAUGCCCAGAAUGAAUUAAGCGCUGCCACCCACCUGACCUCCAAACUCCUGAAAGAAUAUGAGAAACAGAGGUUUCCACUAGGUGGCGAUGAUGAGGUUAUGACUUCAACACUACAGCAGUUUUCCAAAGUGAUUGAUGAACUGAGCUCGUGCCAGGCCGUUCUCUCCACCCAAUUGGCCGACGCCAUGAUGUUCUCUAUUGGCCAAUUCAAAGAAAGGGAUUUGAAAGAAAUAUUAACACUAAAAGAAGUUUUCCAAAUUGCCAGUAACGAUCACGACGUCGCCAUCAACAGGUACAGCCGACUCUCCAAGCGCAGAGAGAAUGAAAAGACCAAGUUCGAGGCCACGGAAGACGUUUACACGGCCCGGAAGAAGCAGCACCAGACCAUGAUGCAUUAUUUCUGCGCAUUGAACACCAUUCAGUACAAGAAGAAAAUCGCCAUAUUGGAGCCGUUGCUAGGAUACAUGCAAGCGCAGAUCAACUUCUUCAAAAUGGGCUCAGAAAACCUGAACAGUCAGCUGGAAGAGUUCCUGAGCAACAUUAGUAGCAGCGUGCAGAGUGUCCGGAGAGAGAUGGACAACGACAUGGAGAACACGCAGCAGACGAUACAGGACAUGGAAGCUGCCAGUGAGCCAUUGUACUUGCCAGACCCCGACCCAAAGAAACUCCCAGUGAAUCGCAACCUGACCCGGAAAGCCGGUUACCUCAACAUACGCAACAAGACCGGCCUGGUGUCCUCGAGCUGGGACAGACAUUACUUCUUCACUCAGGGUGGGAACCUGAUGAGCCAGGCGAGGGGCGACGUGGCCGGGGGACUCGUCAUGGACAUAGACAACUGCUCGGUGAUGGCCAUCGACAGCGAGGAUCGGAGAUACUGCUUCCAGAUCACGUCGUUCGACGGUAAAAAAGCCGUCAUUUUACAAGCAGAAAGCAAGAAGGACUGUGAGGAGUGGAUUAGUACAAUAAACAACAUCUCCAAGCGGAUCUACCUGACGGACAAUCCAGAGGAAACGGCUGCCAGAGUCAACCAAUCUGCACUGGAGGCUGUGACUCCCUCCCCGUCCUUCCAGCAGAGGCACGAGAGCAUGCGGCCGGGGGUACCCUCCAGACCCCACGCCAGACGCACCAGCAGCACCGGAUCUAUUGGAUCAGAUUCGUCGGCCCUCACUGCUCUCUCACUGGACUCCAUUGUGGCGCCAGACACUCCCAUCCAGUUUGAUAUUAUUUCCCCAGUCAGUGAGGACCAGGCUGGGCAGCCGAGAACCCCGGGGCAGACUGGCAGGCGAACAAACCCAUUUGGGGAAUCUGGGGAAAAAUCUGAAUCUGAAGACUCCAUCCUCCACCAGUUGUUCAUCGUGCGGUUCCUCGGCUCCAUGGAAGUGAAGUCAGACGAAAACACGGAGGUUGUGUACGAAACCAUGCGGCAAAUCCUCGCGGCCCGAGCCAUUCACAACAUCUUCCGGAUGACCGAGUCCCACCUCCUGGUCACGUGCGACUGUUUAAAGCUGAUCGAUCCCCAAACCCAAGUCACGAGGCUGAGGUUCCCUCUGGCCAACGUGAUUGUAUACGGCACGCACCAGGAAAACAAGCGCCUCUUCGGCUUUGUGCUGCGCACGGCGGGAGGAAGGGCCGAGGGGAGGCCGCUCUCUGUCUGUUACAUCUUUGAGUCCAACAAUGAAGGAGAAAAGAUCUGUGAUUCAGUUGGGCUGGCAAAACAGAUUGCUCUUCAUGCAGAACUUGAUCGCAAAGUGUUGGAGAAACAGAAAGAAAUAGAGAAAGUCAAAGAGAAAAAACAGAAAGAAAUCAGCAAACAGAAACAGAUAGAAAAGGAUCUGGAAGAGCAAAGCCGUUUAAUCGCCGCCUCCAGCCGACCCAAUGCUGAGGGACAGUUUGUGGUUCUGAGCAGCAGCCAAUCAGAAGACAGCGAUGUAGGGGACGAAGGGAAGAAGAAGCGAGAGUCGGAAGCAUGAUGGAGAUAACGGGACGUCCUGUUGUUGCUGAAUUAAAGGCACAGGCGCAUGCAGGAAACACGCUUUUAAUAUUAAUUACUCUGAACGCCUUUCUAUUGAGUCGGUGCAAGAGCUCAUUCCUGCGAGAAGCGGCCAUGUUUUUUGCGGGAGCUGCCAUACUAACGUCAGGCAGAUACACGGCUGCAUGAUUUCCCCGGCUGGGGCCCCUACAUCAAGGAUAUUGUGAUGCUGCCUCCAUUUAAAGGACUUGCCCAGUACAAUUAAGGGGAAGAGCUGAGCCUGCUGGGAGUUGUAUGUGUGUGUCGACCUCGCCGACCUUAAUUGUUUCGUAAUGAAUCAUUGUUGUAACGAGACUCUGUUGUGACUCAAUUGUGAUUAAACCUUUUAAUUACUCGGGGGGAUGUAACACAUUUGCCCUCAAUGCCUCUUGCGCUAUCGAAUGUACUGGCUCCGCCCAGCAUGGGAAACACAAGGGAAGUCAGGGGUAUGGGUUAAAGGGACAGCUAACCUGAACAUUAAAUUUUAGUAAGCCUCAUUCUAAGUAA